AUGGAACACAUAAAGAAUUUUUAUAAUACCAUAUUAAAGUCUGCACAUCCAAUAACUACCGUAUUACACUUGUUAUUCAAGGUAUUACCGUUGUUUUUUUAUUUUGUAGGCGGGUUCUUAUUUCAUCAAUCCUUUACCACACAGUUUAUAACAGUCGUACUAUUAUUAAGUCUAGAUUUCUAUUAUACUAAAAAUAUAAGCGGAAGAAAGUUGGUUCAAUUAAGAUGGUGGUAUGAUGAUACAAAGUCUCCACCAUUUAAUAUAGAAAGUUAUAAACAAUACCCAGAAACUACAGCAACCACAGUAAUCAAUCCUAUUGAUGAUAAAUUAUUUUGGCUGGGUUUAUAUGCUUCUUUUGGUACGUGGUGUGUUUUAAGUUUUAUUUGUUUUUUAAAAUUCGAAAUAUUUUAUUUGGUAUUAGUUGUAAUUGGUAUUGUGUUGAAUUUUUGGAAUUGUUAUGGAUUUAGAACUUGUUGGAAAUUUAAUCCAAAUUCCACAAACGCUUCUGGUGUGUUUGAUGGCAUUGUGAAUUUGUCCAACACCGUCACAAACAUUUUCAGUAGAUUUGGUGCUGCUGGAAAUGGUAUUAGUACUUCAGCCUUUACCACCUUGUUUCAAAGACAAUAA